GAUAACAAAAUAUAUUCUACUUAGCACUCAAAACUGUAAAAUAAAUAUUAAUUUGAAAUAUUUUGUUCCGAAAAUUAAAACAAUCUUCUCCACUAGAAGCACAGCUGAAAUGUUGCAGCAAUCGUUCAGGAAUCUCAACACAGAUAUCAAGAGUGUAUUCCUGCAGGAGGAAGCCAUCUUGAAGAAGUAAUUGUGAAAAAUGUGAUAGAUGUUAUUAAUAAUUCUCAAAUGGCAAAUCUUGAACUUUACAUUAGUCUGAAUAAAAUAAUUUUUGUCCUUCCCACUCAAGUUUCAAGGCGUUUUCAAAUGUUUCCGUUAUUUGUUUAAAUGUCGCAUAAUAUUCCAUUAGAAUUGUUUAUUCAGACUAAUAAUUGUUUAUCAUAUUAUUCUUCUAUUUCAGAAUUUUUGGAAUGGAAAUCAAAGAUGGAACUGGAAACACAUUCUAGCUACUUCAGAAGGGCAGGAGUGAUUAGUACUUCGGGAACUAAGCACCUCUAUUAUCAUUGCUCACGAACUGGAAGAUAUAAACCUGUAGAAGUGAGACAACGAAAGCUGAAAUCACAAGGCACUGCAAAACUAGAAACUAAGUGUCCAUCAAGGCUAGUAGUGAGAGAAGGUGAUCAAAUUUAUGUGAAAUUUUUCGACAAACAUGAAGGUCACGGAACCGAUUUGAAGCAUAUUCGUCUACCACUUUCUAUCAGAGAAUACGUAGUAGGCAAGCUGAAAGAAGGAGUUGCAAUGAAGCAGAUUCUAGAAGACAUCAGGGAAGAAGCUAUUGCUAAGGAAGACAUGGGUCUGGCUUCCAUGAUAACCAAAAAACUCGUCCGCAACAUAAAAAAUAGUUGCGAAUUCACCAAGGACAUAAUGGAUCAUUCUCUCAAAAGAGAGAAGUCUGUGGAAAGAAAAAGAAAAAAGGUCAAAGAUUCAAUAUCCUGUGAGAGGGGUGAGCCAUCAGAAUCAAUUAUGAAUACUGAGGAAAAUGCAGGGAUUUUUAUAGAAGACUAUUUGGACAUGAACAACAUUCCAAGUAUUGAAGAGCACUUCAACCAUCAAAUCGUUGAUGGCGUUUUUGUAAUUGAACAAACAACAUCAGAAAAUGGUGCGGAAACAACACAGUAUCUACAUGUGAACAAUCUUUUAACAGCUGUUGAUUACCAAGAAGAAAAUUCUUCAGAAUCGGCAGAAAAUCUUGAGGAAACAACAGAGGAAACGGCUCUUGAGGACAAUAAUCUUGUAGCAGUUGAGUAUGAAGAAGUUGCCGAGCCGGUCACCAGUCGUAGACAACUCGUCAAUGAGUGCACCGCCAUUUUGACCACGCUACGAUCGCUAGUGUGGGACCUGAGUGAUAGUGAGUUGAGUAUUUAUAAGGCCAACUUGAAGACUCUCCUAGAAAUCUCUCUCGGUCAAGUCCCUGCUGAAGAAAGUUUGCCUCAGUGACAUUCAUUUCAAAUUGGAUGGAUGGUGGAAAUUGAUGUUAUUAUUUAGUCAUGUAUAAUUGUUACACUUAUGUGAAAAGAAUGUUUAUAUUUGUCACUUGUUACUGUGAGGAAUGCUCAAGUGAAUCUCAUUGCACUUCAAGCCAAGACUGACUAUUAUCAAUACCUACUAUUACUUCUGGCCCCACAACUAAUCAAUGACGUCAUAACAUGUAGAUUGAUUCUUCCUAGAAUUAAAGUAGAAUUUCUACUAGCGUAUCAAUGUAUGGUAUGCUCUUCAACGUUUGUUACUGUAUCGAUUUUUUAUUAAUACUAUCUAAACUCCAGAUAAAAGACAUAUGUAUUUUAUUAAAUAGCAAUUUUAUCAAAUGCAAUAA